GUUUAGAUUAGAUUUAUAACUAACGACAGACAUGAAAGAUCGCAACUAUUGCUUCAAAUGUGCUCUAAAUAACUUCAACGAAAAAUAUAAUUAAACAAACCAAAUACACCUCUCUUUUUUUUUCUUCUUUUUUUUUUGGCUCUCACCUUAGAAUAAUUAUACUUUUAGAGCAAAACAAAAAGAAGAAGAAGGAACAACGUGACAACAACUAAAAAAAGAAUAUAUAACAUUGUUCUUCACUAUGUAUUUUGCAAAACUCAACGAUUCUCCCAUGUUUCGGCAACAGCUUCAGGGUUUGGAAGAAAAUUCAGAAUCGUUACGUUCUAGAUGCUGGAAAUUCUACAAAGGAUGUCGAAAGUACACGGAAGGGCUUGGAGAGGCAUAUGAUGGAGACAUUGCAUUUGCAACUGCCCUUGAAAAUUUUGGGGGAGGGCAUAGUGAUCCUCUAUUUGUAACUUUGGGAGGACCUGUAAUGACCAAAUUUGCUAUUGCUUUGAGGGAAAUCAGUACACACAAGGAACUUCUUCGGUCACAGGUGGAGCAUAUGCUGAAUGACCGGUUACUAAACAUCCUAAAUGUCGAAAUCCUUGAUGUCAAGGAAGCUCGGAGGCGUUUUGAUAAAGCUUCCCUUCUAUAUGAUCAGGCACGAGAGAAGUUUAUGUCAUUAAGAAAAAGCACAAAGUUUGAUGUUGCUGCUGUCAUAGAAGAGGAAUUGCACAAUGCAAGAACAACGUUUGAGGAAGCUCGUUUCAAUCUGGUUGGUGCUCUUCAUAAUAUUGAGGCUAAGAAGAGAUUUGAGUUUUUGGAGGCUGUCACCGGAGUUAUGGACGCUCAUCUUCGAUACUUUCAGCAGGGAUAUCAGCAGUUACAAGAGCUGGAGCCUUUCAUUAUUGAGGUUUUGGCUUAUGCACAAAAAGCAAGAGAAAGUUACAAUGAGGAGCAGAUUUCUCUUUGUGAAAGAAUGGUAGAGUACAAAAAACUAAGUUAUCAAGAAAGUAGGUUGUCCUUGAAUGGCCCUUAUGGUUCUCCCAGAGGGGAAGGUGCGCAUCUGCAACCCUUUUCUAGGAGAUCAAAUAGUGUGGUAGAUGCAGUAGCUGAAUCAGCUGCAAAUGGAAAGGUUCGAGUCAUUCGACAAGGUUUUCUUUCCAAACGUUCCUCCAAUUUGAGGGGUGACUGGAAGAGAAGGUUUUUCGUUCUUGAUAGUCGCGGAAUGCUUUACUACUAUCGUAAACCAUUACAUGGAAGUAGUCUCAAUCAGCAAUCUACACAGAGGAAUUGUGCUGGAGAAAACAGUGCUGGCAUUCUGAGUAGGCUGCUUUCUUCACAUUACCAUGAAGUUGUUCCUGAUGAAAAAUCUGUAGCGCGUCACACAGUGAAUCUGCUGACAUCAACAAUCAAGGUUGAUGCUGAGCAGUCAGAUUUAAGGUUCUGCUUCAGGAUUAUUUCACCUUCAAAGAUGUACACUUUGCAGGCAGAAAAUGCUCUUGACCAGAUGGAUUGGAUGGAAAAGAUAAAUGGAGUCAUUGCCUCCUUGUUGUCUGUACAGACACUAGGUAGAAUGUCUAUAUCAGCUGACUCAGAAAGCAGGGACAGCGACUCUUCCAGCAACUUCGACUUGUUACAAAGUUCUCAAGAGUAUGAUCGAUUAUUGAGUGCUGAUUUUGCAUCCAAGAAUUCCACCACUAAUAGAUUAUCUGAAGAGUUACAGAAGAAUAAGCAGAUUGUAAAAGUUGAACAGCCAAUUGAUAUUCUAAGAAAGGUUAGCGGGAACGACAAAUGUGCUGAUUGUGGUAAACCUGAACCAGACUGGGCAUCCUUAAACCUUGGAAUCCUAGUAUGCAUUGAAUGUUCCGGUGUUCAUCGUAAUCUUGGUGUACAUAUAUCAAAAAUAAGAUCACUGAAACUUGAUGUAAAAGUGUGGGAUUACUCUGUAUUAACAAUGUUUCAAUCGUUGGGAAAUCUAUUCGCAAACUCGGUUUGGGAGGAGCUUUUGCAUUCAACAAGUAAUUCACAAAUUGAUGAAACUCCUUAUGGUUCAUCAAAAGUUGAUAGAAACAAAUUAUGCCAUGCAAAAAAACCAGAACAUGAUGAUCCUAUUUCAAUAAAGGAGAAAUUCAUUCAUGCAAAGUAUUCUGAGAAAGUCUUUGUUCGACGGAUUCCUAAAAGCCACCAUCUUCUUUCGGUGGGACAACAAGUGUUGGAAUGCAUCUAUGCCAAUGACAAGAAAGCCGUGUACCGCCAUAUUGUCAAAUCGGAUGCGGAUGUCAAUGCUGUUAGUGCAGAAGCAUUAUCCGGCUUUUUUUCUAAUAUGUCUCCAAGUGAUUCAAACACAUCUUCUAAAAGUAAAAGUCGGCUAAUGGAGAACAUACAAGAGGGUUCUAAUGUGCUUCACUUGGCAUGCCUAACGAGUGAUGCCGGGAUGAUAGAACUGCUCUUACAGUACGGCGCAGAUGUAAAUGCUAUCGAUUCAAGAGGUCGGACACCGCUGCAUUACUGCAUUAUGAGAGGGAAGACUACAACUUCAAAGUUGCUUAUUACAAGGGGGGCAAAUCCACUUGCUGUAGAUAAAGAAGGCAACACUCCUCUAAAGCUUGCACCAGAACCCAGCGCUAUUGGCAAAGACAUUCUUACUCUCUUAACAAGCAGAUGACAUGCUCACAAAACUUACCGAUAGCAACUUUAUCUACCUCACGUUUCUAAAAAAACUAUACACAUGAUUCCAGGAGUACACAUCCAGACAGAGAAAACAUUGUGCUUUUGUUCGAAAAAUAUAUUCUUGGACGACAUAAAAUAUGUGUUUUCUUUAGAUGUGUGCUUUUGAAGUGACCUUGUGAGUGAAAAAAAUUCCUCCCAAUUACCAUAAGGGAUCAAAAAAAUCCAUAUGCAACAUUUGUACAGAAAAUUGAGGAUCAACUAGUAAUUCAUACUAUCAUAUAGAGGAGCAACUAGCACGAGGAGCCUGGAGAUGGUAGGUUGUUUUGCUAUGCCACAUGUUUGUGGUUAUCAUCUUUUGUUGUAAAAUGGGAUAGGAUGUUUAAUGGUUCAUCACAUCCAUUUCAAUUUUCAACUAGAGUCUGAGUUUUGUAAGAUUCAUUCUUUACAAAUUUUUGGGAAUUUAUCAUGUGAUCAAAGUUAUACAGGGGUUGUAUAUAAGUUUAAUUAAUUCUUUUCACAA